AUGGCGAAUGCAAUAGAAAAGGUGUUCUCUGAAACAAAGCAUAGGUUAUUUGUUUGGCAUAUUUACCAAAAUGCUGCAAAGAAGUUGAGUCAUGUAUUUCAUGGACCAGGACAAUUUGCCACAGACUUUGGAAAUUGUGUAUAUGACCACGAGGAGGAAGAAGAUUGGUUAUUGGCAUGGAGUAAUAUGCUUGAGAAGCAUAGUUUGACAGAAAAUAAAUGGUUGAAGAAUGUGUUUGAUGUGAGAGAAAAAUGGGCAAUGGUAUAUGGACGUCAUACUUUUAUAGCAGAUAUGGUGAGCACACAACGUAGUGAAAGUAUGAAUAAUAUUUUGAAAAGAUACUUGAAGAGCAGCUAUGACUUAUUGUCCUUCUUUGAACACUAUAAGAGAGUGUUAGGUGAUCGACGAUAUAAAGAAUUAACUGCAGACUUCAAAAUGAUGCAUACCUUGUCAGUAUUAUCUGCUUCUGUAGAGAUCUUGCAACAUGCAGAAGAAGUGUAUACACCUGAAGUUUUUAGCUUGUUUCAGAAGCAAUAUACAGUUAUCGGUGAUUAUGUUGCAAAAAAGGCCAGUAAGUCUGAGAUGGUGUAUGAAUACACAGUAUCUUAUCGUGGUGGACCGAAAGAGCAUUUGGUUAAUUAUGAUGCUAUAAACCAAGCAGUAGAGUGUAGCUGCAUGAAGUAUUCUUUUGCUGGGAUCUUAUGUCGUUAUGCAUUGAAAGUGUUGGAUAAGAAGGAUGUUAGAAGAAUUCCAUCUAACUACAUCUUGACUCGAUGGACUAAAGAGGCAAAAUCGCGAAGCAUAUAUUCUUAUCGUACAGAGACAACUAAUGGAUCAGUAACACAAUCGAUUGGAAAGCGUUACAGCCAUUUAUGUCGAAAUUUCCGUGAGAUUGCAUCCGUUGCUGUUGAACAUGUAUAA